GCGAUGUGUCCCGUUAGAUAAAUCCUAUACGCGGCUUCAGAAUCGGCCAUUUCGUCGGUGCAGGCCAUCAGCCAUAAAGGGCAGUGGGGAUACAGCGUGUAUACUGGUUACCUGAAAGGCACAUCAAGAACAUCGCAACAUGAGUGAACAGGCCAUUUCUUUCGCUAAGGACUUCUUGGCUGGCGGCAUUUCCGCUGCCAUUUCUAAAACAGCCGUCGCCCCGAUUGAGAGAGUGAAGCUUCUCCUUCAGGUCCAGCAUGCCAGCAAACAGAUCACCGUAGACAAGCAGUAUAAAGGUAUCAUGGACUGCGUUGUCCGUAUCCCCAGGGAGCAGGGAUUCCUGUCCUUCUGGAGAGGUAACCUCGCCAAUGUCAUCAGAUACUUCCCCACCCAGGCCCUCAACUUUGCCUUCAAAGACAAGUACAAGAAGAUCUUCCUUGAUGGUGUUGACAAGCGCGCCCAGUUCUGGAGGUACUUUGCUGGUAACCUUGCCUCCGGUGGCGCCGCUGGAGCCACCUCUCUCUGUUUCGUGUACCCCCUCGACUUUGCCCGUACCCGUCUGGCAGCGGACGUGGGAAAGGCAGGACAGGAGCGAGAAUUCAAGGGUCUGGGUGACUGCCUGGUGAAGAUCUUUAGGUCUGAUGGUCUGAAAGGGUUGUACCAAGGCUUCAACGUGUCAGUGCAGGGCAUCAUCAUCUACAGGGCAGCAUACUUCGGCAUCUAUGACACGGCUAAGGGUAUGCUUCCAGACCCCAAGAACACACACAUACUGGUGAGCUGGAUGAUCGCACAGACUGUAACGGCUGUUGCUGGCCUGACUUCAUACCCCUUCGAUACUGUUCGUAGACGCAUGAUGAUGCAGUCCGGACGCAAAGGAGCCGACAUCAUGUACAGUGGGACCAUUGACUGCUGGCGCAAGAUUGCACGCGACGAAGGUGGCAAGGCUUUCUUCAAGGGAGCCUGGUCCAACGUGCUCAGAGGCAUGGGUGGGGCCUUUGUGCUGGUGUUGUACGAUGAGAUGAAGAAAUACAUCUAAGUCUUCAUGUCACAUCACUGUCCAAUUUGGCUAAAUGUAUUAACUUUCCAUUUCUAUGGACUUUGCAUUCUGCCUUAUUUAUGGGAACAAAUUAGCACCUCACCAGUAGCCGUGAGAAAUGGCUGUGCGUUGUGCAUCUUUGAUUUUAAAACGUUCCACACCCUCUUUACCAAUGUCAUUCCUCAUAAACAAAUAUGAAUACCUCCUUGUGUCAUUCACUAGGUCUGUCUGGUCCCAACGUGAAUAAAUCUAUUCUGGGGAACAACCUUAA